AAAAACAAAAAACAAAAAACAACCCUCCAACUCCUUAAACACUAUUUCCCCAUUGAUUACAGGAUCAGUGUGCCCUAUGAGGGAGUGCUCAGACUGGCCAACAUCACCAGGCUGCAACAGGCGGAGGUGAGUCAGUCAAAUCUGACAUACCUGUGGGCAGCACUGAACUGCAACACCAUGGAGGUCAUCAAGAACGUUCUAUUAGAAGAUCAUCCAUCCCGGAAUUAUAUUAAGGAAAUACAUGAGCUUCUGAUCUAUGUCCGGGAUAUUGCAAUGGGCCAGCAGGUGCACCCCCAGGUGGAGAAAAUCUUGACUCUUGCACACUCCGACAGGGACCAGAAGCUGGUGAGGCCGAAGGCACUUCUGGACAACUGCUACAAAGUCAUGGACCUGCUCUACUGCUUGUGCUGUAAAGAGAGCAACAUCCAGAAUUGGAAAGACUGCAUUGUGUCCCAAGCUCUGCCCCGCAGCCAGCACCCCCCUCCACAGUGUGCUGGCCCAGUCACUCUGCUCUAUCGCUCUGCACAAGCCCAAACAUCCGUGGUGGGGGAGAGAGCACUGCGGCCCCCCCAGGCGGAGGCUGACCCUUCAGGGAAGGUGCAGAUGGGGGAAGAUCGCUUUAUACCCUGAGCAAGGCCAACCCUUGACUGUGCUCCGGAGCCCAGUGGGACUGCUCGGGCCCACGAGUCUCACCUCAGCCCUCGGGAGGGAGGCCUUUGGAAACCCCCAUCCCCACCCCCAUUGCCGCCUUGGGAAUAGCCCCUUGUGGAGCAGCUCAGAGAAGGAGGCUCCUUCCUUCCUUCCAAGGGAACCUCGAGCCGGAGAAGAGCUCGGCUGGCUUCCCCCCCUCCUCCCCACGAGCCUCGCCUCUCUCCUCCUCCUCUCGCCUCCGAAGCCCGUAGGGACUGGAGCUGGUGCAGGCGGCCCUCGGCCCCUUCCCACGGACUCUGCGCCCCACUUGUCCGCUUUAGACCUUGCCCUCCCCCUUGGGAAGUGGAUCCCAAGCCCCUGCCGGUGGGGAAUGAAGAGAUGGGGGGCUCCUCUGUACCACCGGAGUCCUGCCAGAUUUGUUCCACCUCAGAGACACCCGGGUGGCGUGGGGAGCUCCGUCCAGGAAUGGCCAGUGGGGGUGGGAGUGGGCUAAUAAAGCCAGGGAGUGGCCGUUGGGGAAGCUGACCCCAAAGGAGCUCCCACUUGAGUCUGUGCCUUUAGGUUCAGGAAAAGUCAGAUCUCGUCCAAAGGGCAGAGGCCAAAAGCAGAAAGGAGGAUGCCAUAAGAGCGCUUUGAGCUCCUCCCAAGGAACACUGGGGGACCCCGGGGCCAUUACUGAGAGGGGAAGGGGAAGGGGACAAAUCUAGAGCAGCCCAGCAGCAUGUCCCCGGAGCCCAUGGCCUGGGAUGCUGUUCUAGGAGAGCUAGGAUGUACCUGGCGAGGCUAGUGAGAAUGCCCGCCCUGUGCACCCCGGAGGAUCCUCCUCGUAGAAGGAAAACCGCAUCCUAGAGAGGGAGGGGCGCGCUGGUGGGCCGCUCUUACGGGCCUGCGGAAAAGCUCGUUGGGCCAGAGUGUGCUGGAAGCCCUUUGGGCCAGGUUGGGGGAUUUGGGAGGUCCUUCUGGGGAAGGAUGAAAGCUGGGGCUCUCUCCUCUUGGAGAGCCCCCAUUCCCUGAUGAGCGCCCCCAGGAGGCUCACCAGCUUCUGGGCUGCUGCCCCCCUCGGCCAUCAGAGCCUGCCAGGGGCUGUAGGGUGUGUGUGGGGAUGUGGUCAGUGGCCGCACUCACUGCGGACGGCCUGGGCACCGGGGAGGAAGAAUGGGCUGUAUUAAAAUGCCGUGUCUUGCCAUGCUGAUUCUCUUCCAUUUCUUUUAUUUUUUUCUAUUAAAUACUUUUUUUUUCAUUUUAUUUGAUUUGUGAUUUUGUGAUUACCUAAAUGUGGCAGUUGAGCAGGGGUGAGGUGCUCUCUUGGGGCCCAAGGUAGCCCCUUGGGUGCUGGGCCUGAGGCUGGGCCGCCAAGGAGGGAAGGACCAGCUUUUCCUCUUGCGUGCAGGAGUACCAACACAGCCCUUUCCUGGGAUCAGAGAUUCGGAGCUGGAAGGAUUGUCCAGUAUAAAUUCCCUCAUUUUGCAAGUGGGGAAACUGAGGCAUGGAAGGUUUAAAGUAUUUCCCCAAGGCCACACAGGUUGUAAAGUGAUAGGUGGGAUUUGAAACGGGGUCCUCUGGCUCCUAACCCAGCGUUUUCAGAGUACCAUAUUGCCUUAACGUACCAGGGCCUGGCUUUGGGUCCUCCCUACUGUCUUUUAUUUUCCCUUGCCCUAUUUUCUUUUUUUGACUAAAUUAGGACAAGAAGAUGCUUCUAGCAGGUGCAGACUAACUCCGGAGGGGCUGGGGAGCCUUCCCGGAGCUUCAGCUGUAUCUGGCACUGGGUGAGGGGAGCCGUUCCAUCAGAUCACAGCCAGCUACAUGAGGUUUUGA